ACGAAUGGAACAAGCCGCGUUAUUUCAGCUCGACGUAGGCCGACGCAGCCAAGCAACAGGGACAGCAGUUAGCUAACUAACAGCACAACUUUCCUAUUUAUCGGUUCCUGUGAUAGUUCUACAAACGACUUAUUCUGGCUCAGUUUAUCCGGGAGGAAAAAAAGCAGAGUGCGGCUACGGUUUAUUCUCCUCCCGUUGCCCGCCGUCACGCAUUUACUGAAAAGUUAUCUCGGGAUAAAUUAGCCAGAUUUGUGACACGAAGUAGGUCAUACAGCUACUUGUUUGGUCCGGAUUCAACGUUGAGGACGAUUUUACUGAUACACGGAUAAUGGUUGUCUUGAAAAACAUCCCCCCUCCCACCGAGGGAGUGCGGCACGAGCAAGCCGACACCACGGCGGUGCUGGACGGGCAGAGGCUGGGCUGCGGCACGCUGUACGUCGCCGAAACACGCUUGUCGUGGUUUGAUGGAUCAGGGUUGGGUUUCUCUUUGGAGUAUCCCUCCAUCGGUCUCCAUGCCAUCUCCAGGGACGUGAGCGCUUACCCCCAGGAACACCUGUACGUCAUGGUGAACGGAAAUCUCAGCGAUGAGAAUGAGGCGGAAAUGGCUGAGAAAGGAGCUGGUGAUGAAGCCGAUGACGGCGGCAGCAGCAGCGACGGGGAUGAUGACGAUGAUGAAGGGACGAUCACAGAGAUUCGGUUUGUGCCGACCGACAAGACGUCAUUGGAGUCCAUGUUCUCAGCCAUGUGUGAAUGCCAAGCCCUUCAUCCCGACCCAGAUGACGAAGACUCUGAUAAUGACUUUGAGGGAGAGGAGUACGACGUGGAAGAAGCGGAGGCAGAGCACGGCCAUGCCGACGUCCCAACCUUCUACACGUGUGACGAGGGUUUGUCGGCGCUCACGCAGGAGGGCCAGGCCACGCUGGAGAGGCUGGAGGGGAUGCUGGCCCAGUCUGUCAGCCAGCAGUACCACAUGGCCGGAGUCAGAACCGAAGAAACAAAAGCCGAGUUUGAAGACGGGAUGGAGGUGGAUGCUGCAGCGAUGGAGGCCGGUCAGUUUGAGGAUGCAGAUGUUGAGCACUAGACGAAGUCGUGUCCAAACGAAGCACCACCGGGAUCAGAGACGAAGACGGCAGCACUUAUUUCCGUUGGUUCUGCUCUGGCCCAAACCCUCUUCCUGUUUCAGGAGCUUUCUGUUCUUAGUGGUCCGUCUUGCAUCAUCUCAUGUCUCGUGUUGAAGCUCAGUUUGUAGCAUGUUGAUGCAUUUUUAUGGUUAGAUCAUCAAGCUGCUGUGAUGCAGGGAGCUACUGUUGAACUGUUGGAGAAAAUACUCACAUCCUGUUGACUCUAUGAAAACAUUUUGUUUUGUACCUAAAAGUUAAUUUACUAGAUUUUGUUUUCCUCCCUAGGUGUCUUUGUAAGAAAUAAUCAAUAAAAUAAUUUUGUAUCUUU